AUGAUGCGCACGAGGAUACCGAGGGUUGUACCCCAGGCUGGGAGGAGGCUAGCCAGCUCCGUAACGGCCACGAAGAAGCAAGAGGUCAUCUUCUCCGGUAUUCAGCCGACUGGUACUCCUCAUCUCGGAAACUAUCUCGGCCUCUUCCUCCCCUUCCUCGACCUCCAAAGCUCGUCCAACCCCUCAACGCCAAUCUACCUUUCUGUCGUCGGUCUCCACAGCAUAACCCUCCCCCAGAACCCCACCCAACUAAUCUCCGACCGGCGGAACAUGCUCGCGGCUCUUCUGGCAUGCGGCGUAGAUCCCAACCGCACAACUCUCUACCUGCAAGAACAGGUCCCCCAACACGCCGAACUCGCAUGGUACUUCAACACCAUCUCCUCAGUUGGCCGACUGCAGCGCAUGACGACGUGGAAGAGCCGUCUGGCCGUUUCGCGUAACGCCAACUCGGAGGACGAAGUAUCCGAGGCCGAUCUGAGGUUGGGCCUGUUUGCGUAUCCCGUGUUGCAGGCAGCCGAUAUCGCACUGUAUAAGGGUACCCUGGUACCGGUGGGGGAGGACCAGACACAGCAUCUCGAGUUGGCGCGGGAUACCAACGAGGCGUUUAAUCGCGCUUUCGGGGACGUGUUUCCCAUCCCGGACGUGCAGAUUGUGCCGCAAAAACGCAUUCUGUCCCUCAAGAACCCGGCUGAGAAGAUGUCCAAGUCGGCACCCAACCCCGCGUCGAGGAUUAGCAUCACCGACUCGUCAAAGGACAUCGAGAAGAGGAUCAAAGGCGCCGUCACUGACGCCGACCCGAACAUUACUUUCGAUCCAACCGGCCGGCCAGGCGUAGCAAACCUCCUGACCAUCUGGAGCGCGCUUGAUGAUGCUGGCCGGACACCGGGUCAACUCGCCGAGAUGGCUGCUGCGGAGGGUUGGGGCGCCGGAAAGCUCAAGGGUGCGGUCGCCGAGGUCGUCGUGCACAAGCUCGCCCCAGUCCGGGACGAGUAUGCGCGUAUUGUCGCGGAUCCAGGAUAUAUUCGCGACGUUGCGGCCAGAGGCGCAGAGAGGGCUAGGGAGACGGCAGAGAAAACUAUGGUCGAGGUACGCCGUGUCGUCGGGCUGGGUGAUAUCUAG